CCACCACCAUCUCCUCUCGACUCGGACCACUGCUUCCCCAUUCGUUCACAUUCAUAUCAAUUGCUCGCAACAUUUUUGACGAAUUAUGGAGAGCUCUUUGAGUACCAGCGCUGGGACCGUCCGCGCGCUCCCCGUGCCCCCAACGGAGACGAACGCAUGUUCCCCAAGUUCAAUUUCUUUGCGGCCGCUCCCCGUGCCCCCAUUGCAUCCCACAAUCGAUACGAGCAUGAUAUCAUCUCAGCCUUCAUCACCGCGCUCUAGUGCGCUCCCAUCGCCACCAGACUCCCCAGACUCCACAUCCUCCUUUCCAUCCCUAUCCUCCUCUUUCUUCGUCUCCUCUGCCGCCGCUAGCCCCCCGCACCCACAGCCACACGACGAGUCUGUUCAGGGUCUGGUUAUACCCAGUUUGACUUUACCUUCUGCUCUGCGUCAGCCCACAGUUCACGGGAGGACCUUAGGCGAUGUUCGUCUAAUCAUUCUCGGCGGUUCGGGUGGCGAGCUCAAAGAAGCCCUCCUUGACACCAAUGAAGAUGUCGUGGAUAUCGGGUCACCUGAAUUGAUACAGCCAGAGGGGUUAGUGAGGACGUUAGCUUCGACGGACUGGGUGGAUCACAGAGACCCACAUGGGCUGGAUAAGUUCGAACCCAUGAAUAACAUCGAGCUGUUUCAUAUCCCCACAGACAACUCUGACGUUGAAGGCGUCAUCCAGACCGUGUUGACGACCGUGCAUCGGCCGUUCCACGAGGUCUCGAAGGUUAUACACCCACAGGUCUCCCCGUCCGCGCUGCUGUCCAGUCUAGUCUCGUCUCCCUCUACUCCGCUGUAUACUUCCCUUAUACUUCUCACGCCCGCGCUCACCCCUUCAGUCCGCACCCUCAUCGACACCCUCUCACCUCACGUUCCAGUAAUCCUCCUUCCCCAAGGGCCGUCGAACUCCAGGACCCGUACCCAUCUCUCUCUAUUCCGUCCCUCUUCUCCCCUCGCUCUUCGUCAAGGCCUCUUUCGUUCACCCGAAACACUGGCGAUGGUCAGGGGCGAGGCCGCAGAUAGGUUCCUUCGCUGGAGAGAAGUAGAAAGGGCAGUCGGUUUCGUCAAGGGCGAGCAGCCUCAGUCAGAAGUAUCUGAAAAGAGAACAGAAGAACCGCUGGAGACUAGUCUCGGAAAACAGAAGGAAGACGGAGGGAGUGGGUGGAGUAAAGCACAAUGGGAAGCAGAGUGGGAUGCAACGCUCUCGCACAACGUGGCACGCAGACUGCGCGAGUCUACCAUCACCAGUGCUUCGUCGUCUUCAUCUCCUCGACCGUCGUUCUCGACUCGAACGACGAUGCUUCCAUUGUCAGGUGGCACCAAACACACCAGUAGCUCUCACCAUCGCAACGGCUCAUAUUCUCAAACUCACCAUCUACACACAUCCGCGCCUACGCCUAUCUAUCCUGGCUCUCAAAACAUUGCCAACCUCCAACCGUCACCGUCAAACCCAGGCUCGCGCAAGCUGCCGUCGCCUCCCUCUCCCCCUGACGCAGAACUACACUCUCGACCGACCUACUCGCGCACGCAUACCCAUACCUCCAACGACGCCAUCGGGGACCCCGACUCUCGUCCGCAUCCCAUUCCUCUGCCUCUCGAUCCUCUCUAUCUACCAUCCCUGCUAGCCUUCUCCGCCUCGUUGUGGAAGCCGAUGAAGGAUAGGCUGAGGACGGCGAGGGUGAGUUUCCCGAUAGGGAGGUUCGUGUUUGUGUUCGUGGGCGCUGUCUGUGCGGGGAUUGGUAUCGGCAUGGCUGUUGGUGGGCGUGCGUAGGGUAGGUGUUGUGGUCGCCACUCGCUGUGUUCCAGACUCCUGGAUGGAUCGUGCGUUCCAUGGUUGGAGACUCUUCGUUUCUUGCUUUUUUCGUAUGAUGUUUCCCUGCUCGCGAGUUGCUGUUUUCUUCUCGGAUCCAUCUGUAUAAUACUUAGCUCUCUUUCUGCUACGCAGUCGAUCUAGUACAUCUUCGUUGUCCUGCAGUUUACCGAGCGCGCUCGAUAGUUCUUCUCUUCUGCUCCCACAAUGUUUCUCCUGCACUGCCAUUUUCGGAUUCCGUCCACGUCGACAUCUAUGGCCAUCGCCAUCAGGACUCUGCCCCUCUGCCUCUCAUCUCGUUUACAUUCCUUCUGCCAUUCUUCCUGGCCAUCGUCUUGAUGACGAUGGGUCCCAGGUCGUUGCUUACCACUAUCUUUCGGUGUCCAUAAUGUUGUUGUAUAUUUAUGUACUUGCAUAUCUGUCGAAAAUUCGCCUCCAUGUCUUGGAUUAUCUUCCCCUUAUCACGUUUCUUGUCCCCCGGAAUGCAUGCAUGACUUU